AAAAGCCCAAAAUUGCUCACGAAGUUUUGUUUUAAGUUUUCCGUCCUUCCUCCCUGAUCCCGGCCUUCCCUCUGCCAGCUUCCUUCCUGACCUUCCAUCCUCUCUCUCUCUAAGUAACUCUCAGAAAAACCUCACCGGCCGGCGGAUUGAAUUCCACCUCCACCGUCGCCAUCCGUUCCUCAGAUAAUGCCAUCAUUGCCGACACGUUCCCAGUCAUUGGCCGAUCCCAGUUGACCCAGCGACCCCCGUCUUUCACCGACUCGGUGUCCCCCCCCCCCCCCCCCCCCCCCCCCCCCCCACAGCUUUCUGCCUGCAAUGGGAGCGGUCCCUUCCACCCCUCGGUACGGCGGUUCCACGCAGCAGGACACGGCGGAGUACUUGAUUGGCACGCUCGUCGGCGAGAAGUCGUUCCCCCUCGGCUCCGAUUUCUGGCAGAAGCUCCUGGAGCUGCCGCAAGAUCUCCGCUGGCCGCCUGACCGCGUCAAUCAAGCUUGUGAGCUCUUCGCACAAAACAAUGGCUCCACGAGGCAUUUGUCGAAAAUCUUAAUUCACCUGUCAUGGUGCUUGCAAGAGUCGAUGUCGACAUCCGGAGCAUCACCCUCACUAACCUUGAAGAUUCUCAACGCAUUGUUUAUUUCUUCUGUCUUCUUGAAGCACUUGAUUGAGAACACCAAAAGUGACUGUAUCCAGGAUUUGUAUCUGUUUCUGGAUGAAACCGAGCCUACUCCAGAUCAUUUUACGGGAGGUCAAUCUAUUGAGAAUCUUGUCAUGCAGAGUGUGCUUAGUUUCAUUGGCUCCGUGGAUACGAGUCCCAACACCUACAUCCUGCACCAGGAGCUACUUAACUUCAUGCAAAUCGCAAUGUCGACUCAGCUGCUUUCUGGUCCAUCUCCACGACCGAAAGAUGUAAACCCAUUUCUUGAUGCAGCUAUGGCACAGGAAAGUAGUUUGGUGUGUUUGGUGGUUCGGAGACUAUUGGAAAACUAUCUUUUAAGGCCUACUACAUCCUUUGGUGGAGUAUCUUAUUCCACAUUAUCAGAUGGUGGUCCGCCUGGUGUUCUUCAAAGAGUUGGUUCUGCUGCAGCAAAUAUUCUACUGUUACCAUUUAACUAUCUGGUCAGCCCAAAGGAGGAAGGUUCGAGGAGUAUGUUGGCAGAAUGCAGUUUACUGGUGUUACUUGUUCUCAUCCAUUAUUGCAAGUGUGUUCUUCGAGAAGAGGCUAUGACUGAGAAAAGUGAUGACACUGCCACUUCAGAUUCUCUAUUAAAAGAGACAACAUACCUAUGUGACAAUCCUUAUUGCAAGGCCCUAGAAAAUGCAAGAGAUAUUGAAUUUGAUCGUGUGGUGGAUGUUGAAGGAAAUGCAUGCCAUGGUCCACUUGUGAAGCUACCUUUUGCAUCUCUUUUUGACACCCUGGGCAUGUGCUUGACUGAUGAGGCUGCUGUCCUGUUGCUCUAUUCAUUGGUGCAAGGAAAUUCUGCUUUCUUGGAGUAUGUCUUAGUGCGAACGGAUAUAGAUACACUGUUGGUGCCCAUUUUGGAAACUCUGUAUAAUGCCUCAAAGAGGAGCUCCAAUCAUAUCUAUAUGCUGUUGAUUAUACUUCUCAUACUUAGUCAGGAUUCAUCCUUUAAUGCAAGCGUUCACAAACUGACACUGCCGAGUGUUCCCUGGUACCAGGAGCGCCGCCUUCAUCAGACAUCUCUUGGCUCUUUGCUAGUCAUUAUACUAAUAAGGACAGUGAAAUACAACCUAUCUAAACUCCGGGAUGUUUAUUUACAUACAAACUGUCUCGCAACUUUGGCAAACAUGGCACCUCACUGUCAUCGACUGAGUGCAUAUGCAUCAGAGCGUCUGGUCAGCCUUUUUGAUAUGUUAUCAAAGAAAUAUAAUAAAUUGGCUGAGCUAAGAGACAAGAAGACACAUAUCAACAGAGGCAACUCACUGGAGGAAGACAGCCUUGUGGAAGAUAUGUCAACAGAGUUUUACAUCUACACGGACUUCUUGAGAAUUGUUCUCGAAAUACUUAAUGAGAUUUUAACUUAUGCACUUCCACGGAACCCCGAGGUUGUUUAUGCAAUAAUGCAUAGGCAAGAGGUCUUUCAGCCAUUUAAGAAUCACCCGCGCUUCAAUGAGCUGCUGGAGAACAUUUACACUGUAUUGGACUUUUUCAAUAGUCGUAUGGAUGCACAGAGAGUGGACGGUGAAUGGUCUGUGGAUAAGGUCCUCGAGGUCAUUAUCAUUAAUUGUCGCUCUUGGCGAGGUGAAGGAAUGAAGAUGUUCACCCAGUUACGCUUCACGUAUGAACAAGAAAGCCAAUCUGAGGAGUUCUUUAUCCCUUAUAUCUGGCAGCUAAUUCUGGCCCACUGUGGAUUCAGUUUCAAUCCUGAUGCGAUCAACUUGUUCCCUCCGAAUAUCUCAGCAGAGAAUCAAGAGAGCAAUGCAGAAGCUGAUAAGCAUGGUAAUGGCGAUGUGAAGGUGAACGGUAUUUUCCUCGACCCAUGAAAGGGCGUGUAAGACUGCAUCUCUUGUCGGCGUUUUAUACAGAAUGUGUAUAUACAAAAUGAUUAGCAUUAGGCAGUGUAUUAUUCUCGAUUCUUUUCUGUUGAUAUUGUGUGCGUCUGAAUCCUUAGAUGCUUUGUAGCGGCGGUCUCUCUUAAGUCUUCUUUUUGGUAAAUGGUCUCUGUAAGUUAACGAUGAUAGAAUAUACCCGAUAUAUCAAUAAAAAGGGAAGAUUGCAUAUGAACUCAUGUUGGAAGUUCAUCCUUUCA